CCCAUCACCCAUGCACUGGUAGAUGCCAUUAUCCCAACCCCAGGAUGCCGCCUCCCAGCACACAUGGCAGAAUCGAGUCCAGAACCUUCUGUCCCCAGGCUUAGCUCCUCCGGACAGACCCUGCUCCCUGCAGAGAGAUGGUGGAAUUUGGUAAAUGCUGGGUGAGGAGUGCAGGGGCUUCCUACACUUGAUCCAUAUCAUCUCACCUCUGCCUCUUGCAGUGCCUCCUCCCGUGUCCAUACUGACCAUCCCUCGAUGGGUUCAAGUUCAGAUUUUGUGACUUUAGUGAUCCACAUUCCAAAGAAAACCAGAUUGGAAGAACCUGUAUAACUGUUCUAAUUUUUGCUUUCGGUCAUGUAUUUGAUACGUUACACAGGAUAUUCAAAACUUACUAUAACUGUGAUGGUUUCACCUCAUUGUCAAUAUUCUGAGCAUGUUUAAGGUAGGCUAGGCUGAACUCUGCUGUUCAAUAGGUCAGUUGUAUUAAAUGCACUUUAAAAUAUUUAUGUAUUUAUUUGAGAAGCAGAGAUAGGCGGAGAGAGACAAGUGGACAGAGAGGAAGCUCCCAUCUCUGGUUCACUCCCCAAAUGCUUGCAGUGAUCAGAGCUAGGCUGGGACAAAGCCAAGAGCUGGAACUGCCACCUAAGUGUCCCAUGUGGGUGGCAGGAACCCAGUUAUAUGAGUCGGAAUCACCACUGCUUCCCAGGGUCUGCAUGAGCAGGAAGUCAGGAGCUGGAGCCAGGAAUCAAGCCCAGGUACUCUGAUGUGGGCCGCAGGUGUCAUAACUUGCUAAGCUAAAUGCAUCAAGUGCAUCUUUCACUUAUUAGAGAAAGAGAGAGAGGUGGACAUGCAGAGAGAUCUCACGUCUGCUCCUCCGGUGCUAGCCAUGGACAGAACACGUAUUCCCAUGGUAAGUCAAGAAGCGUCUGUACACCCGAAUUCUGCGGCUCCUUCAAACCCUAGCUUGAAGGACGCCUUCUCCAUGAAGUCCUCACUCUGGCCUCAGGCCCUCAGCUGUGAGCAGUUAUUCACUCACAUGUGGGAGCCAGGAGGCCUUGGAGGGCAGGCCAGCAUCCUGUUCACGCACUGCCCCUGCGUCUGAGACUGAAAUGCUUGUGGACUGGAUGAGGGUGCAGAUGAGUGUGAGGAUGAUCACUGAAGGACAUCUUUCUCUGGGACGAGCAGUCAUGCCUGUAACUAACCAGGGUCUGAUGAGCAAGUCACACAUUCGCCACGCAGCGUGGGCUUCUUUCCACAUCAACAAAUGCCGGCUGUUUCUCGUGGCCGCGUUGUAUUCCUUUGUGUGACGAGCCGUGAUUUGCUUCACCAAUGCCUAUUGAGGGUAUUGUCAUUUCAGUUUUCUUUGAAAUAGUGGUGCAAUCAAUAGCCACUUGAAUUUGGGCUCGGAAAGUUCUUUCCCAUCCUGAGCUUGUACAAAUAUUCCUGGAUGGUUUCGACUUCAUGCUUUCCUGAAUCUUCAGUGGGUCUGAAAUUUUCCUCCUCUUGGUACCACAGUACGAAAGUCCCAGCCUCUUUUUCUUUUAGAUGGGCUCCAUGUGCUUGGAUCUUGGCCACAGAUCCAUGGGUUGUGUGUUCUCUUUGUUGAGUACCUACUGUGUGUCAGACCUUGUGCUAGGAGCAGGGGCCCAGAGAUGAUUGAGAUGGUCCCAGCCAUCAAGGCGCUCACAGAAACAAAACCAGCAAAACAGACAGGCAGAAGCCCCCGGCUGGAGGGCCGCGCCAUGGGGAGCCCAGCCUGGGGCUGGGGGAGACCAGAGGAGCCCUUGCUGGGAGGAUGAGAUAUUUGAAUGGAGGUAGAGGGAGGAGAAGGUGGCAGAUCUGUGAUGGUCGGGGGAAAGAGGGUCCAGGCCCAGGCCCAGCCCAGGAGAGGUGCAGAGGCUCAGCAGCAGCAAGUCCCCUUCCCUCUGGAGCCGCCUCCUUCCCCUGCUCCACUCUGGCUCCCUCCUCUUGCAGACGCGCUGGCAUCGCCCUCACAUCACCUGACCUGUGCUGUUCCCUGGUGCUCCGUCGGGGGGUGAUUCCCCAGGGCUCUGACCCCACUCUUAACUCCAUGAUGUGUCUCCUGCCUUUGUGGCCUCUGAAACAUGCGAAAUUAGAAUUGGUUGAUAGCACCCUGCCCAGUAUGUGACACUGAUCCCCCCAUUUUACAGACUGAGAAACCAAGGCUCAGGGGAGUUGGCCAUUUCAGCAGGCAGAGUGAGGACUCUUGUCCCCCAAAUCCCUGCUCUUCCAGAGCCCUGAUUUAGUGCGCGUGAACUAAUGAGACUGCCGGGGGAUCCUGAGAGCCUCGGGCAGUGCUGUCCCAAGCCCCAUCUGGCCUCGUGGCUGGUGACUGUGGCCCUUGACCAGCUGGCUUCCAACGAUUGAACCGGGGGAGGCGCCUGUGUUUUUGUUUUAAAUUACAAAUAUAAUACACACUUGUGUAAAAGAAAAGAAAUGAAACAAGACAAGGAAGAAAAAAAGCAAAUGAAAAUACUUCCUCCUCCUACUCCCUAGAGCAGCCACUGUUAACAGCUUGGCAUCUUAACAGUGCAUAUCACAACACACACACGCACACACACAUACACACACCACACGUAUACACACACAUACACAUACGCACAUGUAUACACACACAUGUAUACAGACACGCACACAGUUGUUUUUAGAGAGAUGGGACUGUGGCCUUGCCCUUUUCUCCCAACCAAUUGCAAAUCAGCACCUGUGGGCCCUCCUCAAUCCACCCUAUCCCAUCCCAUGGAUGCGUUCCAAGGUCCUCUCCUGGGUUUAGACCUUGAGUUUGCCUCUGCCGCUCUCCGUAACAAGCUCCCUCCUUGGGUGCCUGUCCGUGCACGCUGAGCACAGGUACUUCUGCUUGGAAGUCUUGCUGCCGAAUGAAAAGGCGUGCAGGUUUGCCACGUUGACAGGUACUGCCGGAUUGUUUGCCAAAGGCCCGUGCAGUGCAGCCCCCACCCCCUGUCGAGCCACAGGCGAUGUGACGCAGCGCUGUGUGUAAUGGCUACUCCCUGUCUGCUCCCCGAGACCUGCGUGGAGGCCGCCACCAGGAGCUCUGAACACACAGGCCCAAAUUGGGAUGGAAGAUGGAUUUUGAAAAAAGAGGUUAAAUAGCUGUUUUUUCCAUUUCACCUUAUAGGAACGGGAUAGGGGGCGGGGGUGCCGGGCCUGCAGCCAAUAGAGGACCAAGAGUUGUCAGGAGGGCUUAGAAAGCUUGCUAUUUCUGGCAUUUUUCUCUUUCUCUGCUGAUUAUGCAGCAGAAGCGCACAGAGGCUGUCGCGGGCGCGUUCUCUCGCUGCCUGGGUUUCUGUGGAAUGAGACGCAGGCUCCUUCUUCUUGCGAGACGCUGGUGCAUUGCAGGUGUGUCUCUGCAGAAGUUUGAUGGUGACAGUGCCUACGUGGGGAUGAGUGACGGCAACCCAGAACUCCUGUCAACCAGCCAGACCUAUAACAGCCAGAGCGAGAGCAACGAAGACUAUGAGAUCCCCCCGAUAACACCUCCCAACCUCCCUGAGCCACCCCUCCUGCACCUGGGGGACCACGAAGCCAGCUACCACUCACUGUGCCACGGCCUCGCUCCCAACGGUCUGCUCCCUGCCUACUCCUACCAGGCCAUGGACCUCCCAGCCAUCAUGGUGUCCAACAUGCUGGCCCAGGACAGCCAUCUGCUCUCCAGCCAGCUGCCCACGAUCCAGGAGAUGGUGCACUCGGAGGUGGCGGCCUACGACGCGGGCCGGCCAGGGCCCCUGCUGGGCCGCCCUGCCAUGCUGGCCAGCCACAUGACUGCCCUCAGCCAGUCCCAGCUCAUCUCGCAGAUGGGCCUCCGGAGCGGCAUUGCCCACAGCUCCCCCUCGCCCCCAGGGAGCAAGUCAGCCACGCCCUCACCCUCCAGUUCCACCCAGGAGGAGGAGUCAGAAGCUCACUUCAAGCUCUCAGGAGAGAAGAGACCCUCUGCCGACCCAGGGAAAAAGGCCAAGAACCCCAAGAAGAAGAAGAAGAAAGACCCAAACGAGCCGCAGAAGCCCGUGUCAGCCUACGCGCUCUUCUUCAGGGACACCCAGGCCGCCAUCAAGGGGCAGAACCCCAGCGCCACCUUCGGGGACGUGUCCAAAAUCGUGGCCUCCAUGUGGGACAGCUUGGGAGAGGAGCAGAAGCAGGCCUACAAGAGGAAGACCGAAGCAGCAAAGAAGGAGUAUCUGAAGGCUCUGGCGGCCUACAGGGCUAGCCUGGUCUCCAAGAGCCCCCCGGAGCAGAGCGAGAGCAAGAGCACGCAGGCAAACCCGCCAGCCAAGAUGCUGCCCCCGAAGCAGCCCAUGUACGCCAUGCCAGGCCUCGCCUCCUUCCUCACGCCCUCGGACCUGCAGGCCUUCCGCAGCGGGGCCUCUCCCGCCACCCUCGCCCGGACACUGGGCUCCAAGUCGCUGCUGCCAGGCCUCAGCGCGUCCCCACCGCCGCCACCCGCCUUCCCGCUCAGCCCUUCCCUGCAUCAGCAGCUGCCACUGCCUCCGCACGCACAGGGCGCCCUCCUCAGUCCCUCUGUCAGCAUGUCCCCUGCCCCCCAGCCCUCUGUCCUGCCCACCCCCAUGGCACUGCAGGUGCAGCUGGCAAUGAGCCCCUCGCCUCCAGGGCCACAGGACUUCCCUCACAUCUCCGAGUUCCCCAGCGGCUCCGGGUCCCGCUCACCGGGCCCAUCCAACCCCCCAAGCAGUGGGGACUGGGACAGCAGUUACCGGAGCGGGGAGUGCAGCACCAGCACCUGCAGCCUGCUGCCCAGGGACAAAUCGCUCUACCUCACCUAAUCCUGCCUCCUCUCCCUGAGGCUCGCUGGAAGGGCACUGCUCGGCGCCUGAAGGGCUGAGCGCAGGAAAGAGGCCUUGGCAGGAGGCGGGUGACGGCCAGACAGAGCAGUGACACGCCAGUGCCCGGGGCUCAGUCUCUCCCUCAACUCCCAGCAGCCCCUGCUGCUCACCUGCUUGCUCCGGGGAACCGCGGACCCCACCUCUCGCCCCGCACACGGCCCCCUAGGUCUGGACGUCUGGCCCCAGCCCCAGCUCACGCGGGCUGCCCUGGCAGGGCCGCCGCCAACAGAAACCCAGCCCUGGGCGCCCGGCCCAGCCGCAGGGGUGCAGUUACGGUUUUCCGGUGUGGACUGAAGUUCCAAGAGCCUCGCUGUGGGCCCCGUGUGCGUAGCUGACUAAAUGUGUUAGAACCGUGCCGAGACAUCUGUGAGGUUAUUUUGUUGGGGGGAAAUGUCGUUUCCUGUAUGGUCAGAAGCAUUUUCUAUGCCCCUAGCACCUUCUUUCUUAAGUUGUCUCUGAAGGGACUGGCUGUCUAGCGUUUCGUCGUCUACACAGCGAGCACCCGAGCUGCUGGCCACACGUGUGGACGGUGCUCCUGGUUCCAAGCCGACGUCCACGGAUGUGCGAUGGCCAGCCACGACUGUCGUCUAUUUCCAAUGAAAACUGGAGGCCACUGUUGUGGUUUGUCCUGACGUGCGUGUGGCCCAGGGGUCGCUUGGGUUUCGGUUCCUGGCUCUGUCUGUGGCUGUCUCCCACCCUGGCGGACAUCCAUCCGGGUGCCCAGUGCUUCUCUCAGAUCUCUUUGUAAUAAAACUCCAGAAACAA